AUGGCUUCCAUACCUCUCACCACCGCCACCACUGCAACCACCCUCCCAUCACUCCGCCUCCGCUCUUCUCCGCCACUUCGCCGAUUCCAAUCCAACAACACUUUCAAAUCUCUCAAAGCAAUUCGUCACUCCUCCAUUUCCUCCUUCUCACCUCUCCCACUUACUAACCUCAUUUCCAAACGCCACAGUCUCACUGUUAAGGCUUCAUCAGCUUCCAUCACACCAGCUCCAUCUCCGGCUCCGGCUCCGGUUCCGGCUCAGCCAUGGCAAGGAGCCGCGAUAAAACCUCUCUUAGCAUCGAUAGCGACAGGAGUUAUACUCUGGUUUGUUCCCACUCCAGAAGGUGUAUCCAGAAACGCAUGGCAAUUGCUUGCGAUUUUCUUAGGAACUAUCGUCGGAAUCAUCACACAGCCAUUACCUCUUGGUGCCGUUGCGAUUUUGGGAUUAGGAGUUUCGGUUCUGACCAAAACCCUACCCUUCGUUGCUGCAUUCUCCGGCUUCGGCGAUCCAAUUCCAUGGCUGAUUUGUCUUGCAUUUUUCUUCGCUAAGGGUUUUAUCAAAACUGGACUAGGUAACCGUGUUGCUUAUCAAUUUGUUUCGCUUUUUGGUAGUUCUUCGUUAGGGUUAGGUUAUAGUUUGGUUUUCAGUGAAGCUUUAUUGGCACCUGCAAUUCCUUCUGUUUCCGCUAGGGCUGGUGGAAUUUUUCUUCCAUUGGUUAAGUCUCUGUGUGUUGCUUGUGGAAGUAACGUUGGUGAUGGAACGGAGAACAAGCUUGGGUCGUGGUUGAUGCUUACUUGUUUUCAGACUUCAUGUAUUUCGUCGGCUAUGUUUUUGACUGCAAUGGCGGCAAAUCCGCUGUGUGCAACUCUUACUUUGAAUUCAAUUAACCAGACAAUUGGGUGGUUGGAUUGGGCUAAAGCUGCUAUUGUACCUGGUUUGGUGUCGUUGGUUUUGGUGCCGUUGAUUUUGUAUAUUAUAUACCCUCCUACCAUGAAAUCUAGUCCUGAUGCACCCAAGCUUGCUAGGGAAAGGUUGGCGAAAAUGGGGCCAAUGUCAGCCAAUGAGAAAAUCAUGACUGCUACUCUGUUUCUUACGGUUGGACUUUGGGUUUUUGGAGGGCUUCUUAAUGUAGAUGCUGUAACUGCUGCCAUUCUUGGAUUAGCUGUACUUCUUAUCACAGGGGUUGUAACAUGGAAAGAGUGCUUAGCUGAGGGUGUUGCCUGGGAUACUCUCACGUGGUUUGCUGCCCUCAUUGCAAUGGCCGGGUAUUUGAACAAAUAUGGUCUCAUCUCUUGGUUCAGUCAAACUGUAGUCAAGUUUGUUGGUGGAUUGGGCCUUUCAUGGCAACUAUCUUUUGGUAUUCUGGUUCUCCUAUACUUCUACUCCCAUUACUUCUUUGCCAGUGGAGCUGCUCAUAUUGGUGCCAUGUUUACUGCAUUUUUGUCGGUUGCUACUGCCCUGGGGACUCCACCAUUCUUCGGAGCCAUGGUGCUGUCUUUCCUCUCCAACCUUAUGGGUGGCCUUACUCAUUAUGGGAUUGGGUCAGCUCCGGUGUUUUUCGGUGCCAACUAUGUCCCACUUGCCAAAUGGUGGGGUUACGGAUUUGUUAUUAGUAUUGUUAACAUUAUAAUCUGGCUUGGACUCGGGUCUAUUUGGUGGAAAGCCAUUGGCUUGUGGUAA